AUACGUCAUAGGUCAAAGUUGAAAUGAGGGAAAACAGAAACAGCAUGGAGACGGAGGAGAGGAGUGGGAGCGGACCUCCCGCUGAAACCUCAAAAAAAGGUGGGAAACGCGUGAAAGCACUGGCCGCUAAAGAAGCAGCAAGAAGGCGAGAGGUGGUUAGGGAGACGUUAUGGCAGAAGUUGGACUUGGAGAAGAGAGCCCUGAAGGUAGUGGAGCGUCUUCAGGAGGACAGUGUGGCCGAGGACUUCCUGAUUGAUUGUGUGAAGUUCAUUACUCCUGCAAAUUACAAAGACGCUAUAGAGGAGAGAUUCAUUUCUAAGCUGUGUGGUUAUCCCAUAUGUUCAAAUAAACUGGGCAAGAUCCCAACUCAACGGUAUAAAAUUUCUACUAAGACCAAUAAGGUGUAUGACAUUACAGAGCGCAAGUGUUUUUGUAGUAACUUCUGUUACAAAGCCUCCAAAGAGUUUGAGUUACAAAUACCGAACACACCUCUUUGGCUCAGGCAGCAUGAAAGUCCUCCAGAAAUUAGAUUGAUGAAGAAAGGAGAUGGCGGGAGUUCUGGUGAGGAGGUGAAGCUGUUGGAGAGGCGUCUUCAAGAGGAGGAUAUCGACGACCCGCUCUCUGCUCAAUCUGAGGACCCUCCCAGCUCUCUGCAGCAUUCCGCAGCAGCAGACCUAAGCCACAGUGAAAGCAGUGACAUUGAACAGGAGCAGGACUUCGUCUCCAGCGUGGUUUCCCAGCAUCAGGGACCCAAGGUGCACUGGGGCGAACUGCCUAAACGUAGAGAUGAAGACAAGAAUGGUGAACGAGGGAAGACAGAGAGGCAAAAGAAACAGACAAGAGAGGGAGAUGAAGAGGAGAUUGAGUGUCAUCAAGGAGGGGACCCAGAAAGGGAGGGAAAAAUGAGAGAAGACAAGAAUAGACAAGAGUCACUUUCAAGUCAAAGAGAAGCUGGAACUGACUCUAAAAAACCCCAACAGCUGCUCUUAUUAAACAAAGACAAACCAUGUGCAGAGCAGGGGCCAGAGCAGAAAGGCUUGCCUCAGGAACUCAGUGUGGAAGAGGCUGCAGCUAAGCUGAAUUUGUGCAGUUUAUCUGGCACUCGCACUGCUCCCCUGCCUGUUGACUCAACAGCCACACAAGCAGAUCUACUCACCUCUCCAGUGUGUAAAGACUCAAACCCCUCAACAGAAAGCAAACCUCUCCCUUCUUCAACUCCGAUCAACGCGGAAUGGGACGACCACAAAACCGCAUUGACCAGCCAGCCAGGUCUCAACAUCACCCAGGUGGGAAUGAGCAAGAGAGGGGCAGCAGGGCUACGAGAUCUGCUCAAGAACCACACCGCUGGAGCCGAACCUGAAUCUGUCCGCCUGAAUCUCCUCGAGUGCCUGAGAAGAACGUUAAAGGACUGGAGCACUGACGAGACCCUGAAGUUCCUGUACGGCGCUAAGCAUUCACUAGGCUCUCCUUUUGCUGACGUUAAAGAAGACAAAGAAGCUGAAGAAGAGGAGGAGCUGGAUGAAGAUGACCUUGAGGAUGAGGUGACCGAUGAGGAUGCAAAGGGGGAUGAUGCUGCGGUGCAGAAGAGACCGUCUGCCGCAACUCCAGACUAUAAGACUCUUCAGGAGGAGAACCGGCAGCUGGAGCUAAGAGUCAGGGAGUUUUAUAAGGGGACCUGGAUCCUGCCUGAGGGGGUGGAGGAGCCAGAUGGAAACAAGGUGAAGGACCAGAGCCUGAAGGACCCGGUUCUGCCACUCCUUGACUCUCAUGCUCAGCACGUCAUCCGGAAACGAAUCACAGUGGAGAAGCUCACCAGCUGCCUCAGAAUCAUCGUCGGUUCUCUGGGUCUCACCAUGAGUGACGUCUCCACUGACCUGAAUAACCUGGUCAGGACUUUCAGGUUAACCAACACGAACAUCAUCCACAAAACUCCCGAGUGGACCCUCUUAGCCAUUGUGCUUCUCCAUCUGUUGUCAGAGGUCUCUCCGGUGGUGCAGGAAUCCUUGAAGACGCCAGCAUCAGUGGAGUAUUUAAACACACUGAUGGAGGAGCUCGGUCUCCAGGAGCAGGACCUUCUGAACUUAGUCCGGCUGUUUAAAACCCCAGCACUCUGACACACACACACACACACACACACACACACACACACACUCUGCCAGACAUGAACACAUGAAUGAUGCAUAUACACUCAGGAUCUCUGACUUAAUAAAGUAGAUGUGGGUAUGCUUGUUUUCCACAAAUAAAGUUGUGUAUAUAUAACUUUUAAAA